ACCUAAAUUUUCUCUCUCUCUUAGAACGAGCAACCAUUACCCGUGCUCAGGACCGAGGCUUCGAACCGGCACUUCCCGAUCCGAUUCCCAUGAGCGAAUCUGACGGUUGCGCCUUGCGGCGGCCGCCGACGGCAGCGGAGGUGGUGGGGCGGCUCAAGGAUGACGGCGACUUCGAUGCUCUCCGCCGCGCCAUCGUCCGGAAGGUCAAGGACAACGAGAUACUACGGAACAAAAUCAUCUCAGAGGUAAAGCAGUCAGUGGUUCUACAAGAAGAUGGAUCUGAGAGGAUGAAAUUAAAAGACCUAUCUGAUGCAAUUUUUCAAGAUAUUGGGAGCAAAAUAAUGGGUCAAAUCUCAGAUGAGGUAUGGAAUGUCAUCCAGUCAAAUGAAACUGAUAUACAGGGAACUGUGAAAGCCGUCUACAAUAGGAUACUGAACCCUGAAAAGGUCUCUGAGCCUUCUCCCAAGAAGCUGAAGCAGAGAGGCAAAGAGGAACAAGUUCUGCCCACAAAGACAGCAACUAGCGUUGCAGUCGAGGCGGAAGAUGAUGAUCCAGAGGAGCCACCAGGAUUUGGUUUCAACAAUACACAGCGUAAUGAUAUUGGAGCAACAAAGCCACAGAUGAGUUUGGAAAAUGGUAAUGAAGGGAAGCCAAAUGGAGGCGAGCCAGCUACUAUCAGCAAUCCAGGGGAUGAGGAGGAAGAUCCUGAAGUGCCCCCUGGAUUUGGUUAAUGGAAUUCACUAACUUCAGUGGAAUGCAGCUGUUUCUUUCUUAGCAAUAUAUACAAGAAGGGAAAUGUUUAAUCUUCUGUUGACAGGAAGAGUAAUGCAAGCUCAUGUCUGCGACAGUUGAAACCCGUGUAAUGAUGGUUACUUCUAUCCAGCCCCAGGAUACCCUUUCUGUGAUAGUGGCAAAUAUGUUGGGUGCUAACAGUCUGACAACGAGUUCCAGGCACGAAGUUUUCGAAGAAGCUGGACAUAUUAUGAGAGGUCCUCUAAAUUAUGGAGAUGUUUAGUUCUUUAUUCCAAGAGGCACGUAUGAAAAACAUAUGCUAUAUAAAAUCCCUUGUGAGUUGGGAGUUGGGACAGUUUCUUACCAAGGGUCUGUUUGGAUGGAGGUCCUCCAGGCUCCAGUGCUUUUGCAAAGCUCUUGAGAUGCACAGCUCUCCCAGUAUUUUUUUGCACGUUUAUUUAUAUACGUAAAAUAAGUAUUUAUACGACAAGUUUUCUUGAGUUGGGACAGUUUCUUACCAAGGGUCUGGACAUAUUUGCAUGUUUUUGUAUUUAUUCAUAGACCUUACGUGGACUGGAACAUUUAUCACCAAACCGUGGUCGGUCUCAUUUUU